GUUGGGUCAGCCGUUCACAAAAAUGGAGCUGAAAUACAUCCUUCUCUUCACAGCCAUCUAUAUCGUUUUCCGCGUUCUCAAGAGCCGUGCCUCUGACCCCGCUGCCACCAUGCCCCACGGAAAAGUCGUCGAGGUUGACAACCCUGUCAUCUUCAAAGCCCUCACCUCCUCCGGUCCCGUCGUCGUCGACUUCUUCGCAACCUGGUGCGGUCCCUGCAAGGCCGUUGCCCCCGUCGUUGGAAAGCUCAGCGAAACCUACGCCAACGUGCGCUUCAUCCAAGUGGACGUCGAUAAGAACCGCCAGGUCGCGCAAGAUAUGAACGUGCGAGCCAUGCCGACGUUCAUUGUGUUCAAGGACGGCCAGCCAUACGGAGACCCCAUUGUGGGCGGUGACAUGAAGGCCCUGGAGGCUAGAAUCAAGGAAGUCGCGGCAUAGAUGUUACACUGGGAGAUGGGAUCAGGACAACGCUGAUAGAUGGGCAGAUCCUGUGCUGGAGGAAAUCGCAAUGAUUACGAACAGUUGAUCCACCAAUGUACCGUAUAGAGUCCCGUGCCAUGGAGAGUUGUAAAUAUACCCGUUCGGUCAUGUUCAGCCUGCACGCUACUCUGUUGUAGCUAGCGUGUUUUUUUACCCACAUUAGCUCCUGAUCCUUACUAUAUGACUCCUUACUACCCCUUCGACUGGUAUGUAUGGCCAUAGGGUGUGGAGAACAGGACUUCACGUCCGCUAAACCGUCCCUAACCCACCUGUGUACACGAUGAAGUGCCCGGCGAAGUGGUGCACCCGAAAUCACAAAUGUAAUAUAGCCCUGGAUUUGGUUUAUCUUCCUUCCC